CUCCCCACCUCCAAAAACACACUUCCACAGGGAGAAUCUCUUCAUGCAGUUAUGACGUCUGAAACAGACUAACAAGAACAAGACAACUGGAUCUCUGUUCUUUACUCCCUGAUUAACUAUUACACAGUUCGGGCUGAGAAGCCAAAGGCAGACUUUAAGGAGUGUUAAAGUGAUAAAUAAAGAAUGACUUCUGUAGGUUAAUAGGCGUGCAGCCGGGAGACGCAGCAGUUCCGCCGUUAGGAGGUGGCAGUGAGGGGACUGCAGGGGCCGUCCCCGAGCGCCGCUGUCGGGACGGGUACUCGCGUGCUUCUCCAAAACCUGACUCAUAAAGAAAUCUGCCGUUUUUUUUUAUUCGGAAAUAACCGCACCAACCUUUACUCAACAUUACUAAGUGAAGCUGCAGUUAUGGCUAAAUGUCCGCCGUUACUUUUCGUGACAAUAUUUUCUGUGCUGGCUAUAAAAGUGUUUUGCCAGGAAUUAGACCUCCUCGACGCCUUUGAUGACAUCGUGGACAAAACAUCUACAAUGAAGCCUAAUCCAGGAGCAACUGGAGGAGGCGCUGGAGGAGGUGCUGGAGGAGCUGGCGGAAGGAGCCCUGGAGCUCCGUCCGAGGACUUAAACAUCUGGGAUGCCCUUGACGAGAUGGAGGAUGAGACACCAACAAUGAAGCCUAAUCCAGGACCGACUAGAGGAGGAACAGGAGGAGCCGGAGGAGGGAGAUCUGGAGAUGGUAUGAAGACCAUCACUAAAGCACCAGUCAGACCCAAACCUAAGCCAGCUGCAGAUGGCUUUGACCUGUCUGAUGCUUUGGACCCGAAAAAUGACAUUGGGGAGAAACGCAAGAAUGAUAGAGGUGGCCAGUUCACGGAUGAUGACCUGAGCAGCAUCGCAGAUGGUGGAGGCUAUGUUCCUGACAAUGGCAGAGCGGGAGGGAGACCCUCUACUGUAGACUCAGCCGACGACGCCACUUCUGACACCACCAUGGAGAGUGGCACCAUUGCAGGCAUCGUUAGCGCUUUGGCCAUGACUAUCGUAGGUGCGGCUGGGAGCUACAUCUCUUACCAGAAGAAGAGGCUGUGCUUCAGCGUGCAGGAGAACCUGAACGCUGCGUACAUGAAGGGAGAGAAUCCUGAGGAUGUGGUCUGACAGGAGCAGCCAGCAGUUGCUUCUACAGUUACCUAACUGGUAGUCGGCCUCACGCACAGCCUUGGAUGAAGAUGGUGGAUGGAAGUCCCAGCUGCACAGCCCUAUUUAGGGGCUGCACGUUGUGUAUCGUCAGUCUUUGUUGUGUUUUUUUUAAAUACUGUUUGCUGUAGCACAACACAGACUUUGGAUGCUCUUUUAGCAAUUGGUGGAAGACUGAAUAUACUUUUCAGAAAUGAACUUUUGCUGGGUUACCUUUGAAUGUACGUUUUAGAUCGGGGGUGUUAAAUGAGGGGAAACCCAAAAAAGCGUAGGGCUCCAGUCCUCCGGGACUGGAGUUUGACACUCCUGUUUUAGAUGAAGGAUAAUUUUUCCUCUAUUUUGGAAGCCACAUCUGAAUUUGAAUUCCUGUGAAAACUCCCAAGGCAGUCGGGACAGUGAGAGAGGGCGCCUCUGGUGUAACGCCUGAUGUGUUUGCUUCUUCCUUCCUCACAGUGAAUUUGUGACUGAGGAUAUCUGUUUUGUUUUUUUCCUAAAACAAUUUAAGCUGCUGUUUGGAAAAAUAAAGCGACUGCCCGCUA